AUGUCCCUCUACUACGACGCCGUGUCCAUCCUCACGGCCCCUUCCACCACCGGCGGCUCCUUCAAAUCCCGCAUCUACAACGCCCGCAACAUCAAAUCCGCCCCGGCGCAAAUCUACGCCUUGAUCAUCGAAGCCUCGAAAUGGGACAUUCUCCUCAAGGAAGUAAUAGAAGCAGCAGGGAUCCUUAAACUUGAACCGAAGUUAACACCCCUCCUCUCCCUCCUCCUCGUCCACGACCACCUCCUCGCCAAAUCCGGCCUCGCCGCAAAAGCCACGCACCCCCUGCGCCAAACCAUCGAGCGGCACAAGACCCGACUACGCGGCGAAUUCACCAAAGCGCGAGUGCGGCGCGGAUGCGCCACGAUCCCGGAGCUGAAAGAUGCCAUCGCGCGGGAGAAGCUCGCACUACAGGGCGCAGCAGGCCUAUCAACAGCAAUCUAUCCGCGCUGGGUGCGCGUGAACAACAUUCGCACGACAAUGGAGAAGCAACUCUCCACCACGUUCGCAGGCUACGAACAGGUCUCGUCGUUAGCGGAGUUGACUCUCCCGAAGAGGAUGGUGCUCGACCCCCAUGUCCCGGAUUUAAUUGCCGUUGCGCCGGGAGCGGAGUUUACUUCGUCGCCGGCGUAUAAAAAUGGGGAGAUUAUCUUGCAGGAUAAGGCGAGUUGCUUCCCGGCGUAUCUCCUUGUUGGGGAUGAGGAUGAGGGGUGGGACACUUCCAAAGGAUUGUUGGAUGGAUGUGCUGCGCCGGGGAACAAGACGACGCAUAUGGCGUCGUUGUUGGCAAAGCAGCAACAUACUCAUAAAAAUAAGAAGGGGGAAACCGCAAAUGGGACUUACCACAUCUUCUCAAUGGACCAAUCGCCCAUCCGAGCAAAAACUCUCCAGAAGAUGGUCUCCACCGCCGGCGCAGACACCAUGGUGACUGUCCUCCCGGGGCAGGACUUCCUCGCUCUGGAUCCGACCGAUCCCCGAUUCGAGAACGUCUCAGGCUUGCUCCUCGAUCCUAGCUGCUCAGGAAGUGGGAUCAUCGGUCGGGACGACGUGCCCAAGCUAACGCUCCCUGAGUCUACUACCUCCUCCUCUUCCUCUACUGGGAAAAAGCGCAAGCGCCGCGCCAACGACGAGGACGAAACCCACGGAGGAAAGAAACCCCCCACAGAAUCCCCCUCGGCAACAGACGAAAACGACGUCCCAGUGACCGGAAUGACUGAGGAGCGCCUCAUCAAGCUAUCGAAUCUGCAGACGCGGAUUGUCGAGCACGCGCUGAGUUUCCCUGCCGCGACGAGAGUCACGUAUAGUACGUGCUCGAUCCAUUUGUUGGAGAACGAGGCGGUGGUUUCGAGGAUCUUGGCGUCGGAGGUGGCGAAGACGCGCGGGUGGAGGGUUCUGAGGAGGGAUGAGCAGCCGGUGGGGAUGAGGAAGUGGGUGCAUAGGGGGAUUAGGGAGGAGAGGGGGGUUGGUGGUGGUUCUGCUGCUGCUACUACUACUGUUGAUGGGGUUGGGGCUGAGGUGACGCUGUCGGAUGAGGAGUUGGAGGGAUGUCUGCGGUGUUGGCCGGGGGAUGAGGAGGGAACUGGGGGUUUCUUUGUUGCUGGGUUUGUGAGAGAUGGGGAUGAGGAUGGGGAGAGUAAGGAGAUUCAGGAUGAGAAGGUGGAUGCGGAUGAGGAUGGGGAUGAAGAAGAUGGGGAGGACGAGUGGGAAGGAUUCUCGGAUUGA